CCGAUAACUGAAAGCAGCUCGGUGCUAGUUUUUCAGUAUUUUCACGCUGAAUUAUUUCUGCAGAUGACCUGUUGCAUGUUAGUAUUUUGUUCCAUGGGGGAUUUUGUUAGAGGCGGUCGAAUUACAAGAGUUAACAUGCAACGCUGAGGGCCAGCAGGAAAAUACUUAUCGAUAACUGCUGUGAGAACAUUCUGCGAAUGUGAGUUGUUCUGGAUUCGGACUUUACAAACAUCAAAUUAUUGUGCUUUCAUGUGAAAACUAUUCAUAAACUAUUAUAAAUGGGGCUGAUCAACCGGAAGGAGGAAGAUCGGUUUAUGUCGUGCAGCUUCCGCUCCCAACUAAUCAAAUUUAUGAUGGCACGCUGGUCUAUUUCAUGCAGAGAACAUUGACUCGUCUUCUAAAUUUCACGAGGAGAACCAAAAUCGAUGGAAGAACACACUGACUUUUCCCGACGAUGCUAAUUAACACCUCGGCCGAACUGCCGAAAAUGUGAUUUUUACCGAUCUCCGAAUUUACCCAAAUUAGUUCCGAGUGCAUUUUCUUAAUAACGACAAACUUUGUUCUGGUAAUUUGGCGACGAUAAUGGCCCCAACUUUUCCUAAUUGCCCCAAGUUACGAAAAAUGUGAUUCAAUCUGGAGAUGGAAAAGCGCGUCUGAGCUGGGUUAAAAAUCGGCAAAAAUGAACGAAGAAGAGUUCAACCAGUCGUUGGUGGAUUUCAACAAUUCCAUCUCAGACUUAACCCCACUUCUCAACAAAUCGGAAGUUAUCACCUACAUCAACAUUACCACCGAAAUGCCCAUUUCCUACGCCGUUCCGCUGUACGGGUACAUCAUGCCCUUCCUCCUUAUCAUCACCAUCAUCGCGAAUACUUUAAUUGUGGUUGUGCUGAGUAAAAGACACAUGAGGACUCCGACGAAUGUCGUGCUGAUGGCGAUGGCGCUUUGUGAUAUGUUUACGGUUUUAAUACCAGCUCCUUGGCUCAUCUACAUGUACACCUUCGGGAACCACUACAAACCCUUGUGGCCCAUCAGUCUUUGUUACGCCUGGAAUGCCAUGCAUGAGGUGAUCCCCAACAUGUUUCACACAGCCAGCAUCUGGUUAACUCUCGCUUUAGCCGUGCAGCGUUACAUCUUCGUCUGCCAUGCACCACUUGCAAGAAAGUUCUGCACAAUGUCCAACGUUUACAAGUGUCUUAUCUAUAUUCUAGUCGUGGCGGCUCUUCAUCAGAGUUUCAGAUUUUUUGACUCAGAAUAUAGCACGGUGGACGUGUUAUGGAACAAUCGCACAACUCACGUAUGCAGACGUGAACGCGCUUACUGGGUGAAGUUCUACGUGACAGAAAACUGCUACUUCAUAACUUACUUCAUGUUCAGGGUAUUAUUCGUACACCUAAUCCCUUGCGUCGCCCUCGUCAUCUUGAAUAUCCUCCUCUUUCGCGCCUUGAAACAAGCACAACAGAGAAGAGACCAACUGCUGUCGAAGAAGAAUCAAAAGAACGAAUGCAAGAGACUGAGAGACUCGAACUGCACGACGCUGAUGCUUAUUGUUGUAGUAACUGUGUUUUUAAUCGUAGAGAUUCCUUUAGUGGUGGUUACUUUGUUGCACAUUAUAUCGAGCACACUGUACGAGUUCUUGGACUAUUAUGUAGCGAAUACGUUAAUUUUGUUUACGAAUUUUUUUAUAAUUCUGAGUUAUCCUAUCAAUUUUGCUAUUUACUGUGGUAUGUCGAGACAAUUUAGGGAGACUUUUAAGGAAUUGUUUAUUAGGGGCGCCGUUUCGACCAGGAACGGCUCCUCGCGGUAUUCCUUGGUCAACGGACCGAGGACCUGUACCAAUGAAACUGUUUUGUAAUUUUUAUCGCUAACUCAAUGUUAAGAGAAAUAUUACGCUUAAAGAGACUCAUACCAUUUUGUUUUUUAUUUGUAAGAAGACUAAAUACUUUGUAACAAAUUCGUACUUGUAUGUUGUAAUUUGUUUAAGAGACUGUAUAAAAUAUGUGUUGAAUCCAGUCUGAAACAUAUAUCUGGUUUGUACAUAAUUUAAUGUUGCGUGUAUGUACUCAGUAAUCUUAGGUUAAGUUGCAGGGGUUUUAUUUGACAAACUUAAGGCGUGGACUAUUUGUCAAUAACUUUCAACAAAAGAGCCCUAACUUGAAAGUAGUUGACAAUUAUUUCCAUUAUUUUUAACACUAUAAUCUGAAUUAAUUGUAGUGUUGAAAUCUUAUGACUGUGUGAACGUGUAAUUUUGCAAAAAUUGCACGCUAUUUGAUGAACUGAAUAUGUAUCAUUAAUGUUUAAUAUAACCAUAUAGAAUAAAUGUGGAACAUGUUGAAUGUUUAUAUCCACAGAUGUUGCCUUCCCUAACAUAUGUUAAAUAAAUGUACUUGUACAAAAUGUAACAA